AUGUCGCGCUCACAAAAUUGUGAUGCUUCGGUCACUGGAGCUCAAGAUGGCUUGCCGGUCAAUGCUGAUCUGAAACAAGAGCAGACGGCCGACGCUCCACCACCCGCAAAGAAAAAGCCAUCGACGCGUCGCAAAGUCAACAUGGCUUGCAUUUACUGCCGCCGAAGCCAUAUGACGUGCGACGAAAAUAGGCCUUGUCAGCGCUGCAUUAAGCGAGAUAUCGGCCAUCUUUGUCGUAACGAGUCCACGACCAGCAGCACGCAUGGAAGUCGCUCCAGAUCUGCGCGCAAGCAGACUGCCGCAGUGACUCCUUCACAGGGACCCCCACCACCCUCCGUGCCUGCAGUGGCACAGACAUCUAACACCAUGAUCUCGCCAUAUGCGCUUGUUAAUAUGAACCAGGUCGCUGCUAAUCGGGGCGUACUACCCCAGGACUUGAAUGACUCGUCCGCUGCAUCAAGCGCCAAUGUGCUGCCUUUGGAUCACGGCCUCGUGCAGUCAACACAGCCCCAAAGCUUUCCAACUGGCGUUUCUUUGCCAAGCAAUCAUGCUUUUAAUGCAGGAUUACUUGAUAUGACCUUUAAUACGCCAGCAGGCUCAGACAUUUCCCUUAUUACGGCCCAGACUCCCUCUUCAUCUAUCCCAAACUCUAAGCAAACAGAUGUGGACUCGACGUCCCCGCUUUUUCGACAGCUUCAGAGCCUUACUGCUACUCCCCCCAGCAGUAGUGAGAAUGUGAGCAUGGAACCGUUCGCCGAGUCAGCGCCAGCCCAAACCGUAUUUGCCGCGCAGCGCGAAUCAACUCUUGGGAUAGAAUCUGAUAAGGCGCCUUCAUCGACUCAGAUGUCGGGCAUUCAGCUGGGCGGAACAGCAUGGCUUGGCUUGGGAGGCACCUCUCAGCAAACCGGAGAUGCAGGAGGUGGCAGUGAACUUGACACUCUAAACGAGUUCCUCAAUUCUUUAGAUGAUGAUAAAGUGAUGCGUUCGAAUGAGCUUUUGUCCCUGCCGCUCAAGUCUGAUGACCCUAUGAUAUCCACUUUACCCUUUGGAUCACAAGAUUCAGGCACACUUAGCAAUACCUCGUCUUCUGUGGGGCUGUCGUCAUCGUCGCAUCACCGGCGGCACUCAUUUAGUGGAACAUUGGAUCCCGACAAGUUGAGCGAACGCCCAAUGGACCUGUCAGCAUCAGCACCUUCCCUGUCGAGUGGUGUGGACACCAACUCAUCCAGUACGGAUUCUCUGGCAACACUGAAUCGACAGUCUCCUAGCAAGACGACCGACUCCAAGACCGAGCGAUUUUUGCUUACUGCCGCGGACCAAACGGAUGGAAGUCGUGACGAACGACUCCAACAGGUCAUCCGUGCCAAAUGGGAGACUGGCUUGUUGCGCCCUUUUAAUCAUGUGCAUGGCUAUGCUCGGUUGAAUGAAUGGAUGGAAAAGAAUGUGUCGCCGGCUUCGCGUCGCCGUAUACUACGUCCGCUCUCUGUCUUUAAGCCCGUAUUUAUCGCAUUAUCUAAGAGUCUCACAAAUUAUGACCUGAUUUGUGUCGAGGAAGCUUUCGAGCGACUCCUUCUGGACUAUGACCGUGUAUUUUCGAUCCAGGGCAUUCCGGCGUGUUUGUGGCGACGUACGGGCGAAAUUUACAAGGGAAACAAGGAGUUUUCUGAGCUGGUUGGUAUGCCAAUCCAAGCGCUCCGCGAUGGCCGAUUGUGUAUUUAUGAGCUGAUGGCCGAAGAGAGCGCAGUAAACUACUGGGAGAAAUAUGGCUCCGUGUGCUUUGACUCGAGUCAGAAGGCAGUGCUUACCAUGUGUACCCUCAAGACACGAAACAAGGCGCUGCGUUCGGGAUUGAACAGUUCGCGAUCGUCCGAGGGAGGCAUAUCUCCUCAAGAUACCCAGAACACAGAUACGGACAGCUCACAUACUGCCACCUCGUCGGAUGAGGCAGCGAAAUAUACGUCGCGGCAUAUUUCAUGCUGCUUUAGUUUUACAAUUCGGCGUGACAAGUGGAAUAUUCCCACCAUGAUCGUUGGCAAUUUUUUGCCCACCGAACCCGUAUCCAAUUCCGCGAGCUGCUGA